AUGCCUCCUUUCGCCGGCGCUAUUGCACAAGGAAAUCAGAUGUCUAAGUACGGUUCUUUGUCUCACUUUGAUUCCUAUCAGAAUUCCAUGAACCGACAUCCGCAAGCCGAUUACUACGCCAUGCAAACCUCCGCUGAUUAUAAGAUCGAGCUAAAUUCCUGGAAGCGUACAUCUCGAGAACGAAAGCACGCUCGCAGUGACGCAGAGGUUGAGAAGGAGAAGAUAGAAUGUCGUGAUCGAACUAAAGAGUUUCCAAGUCCGUACUAUGGCACGUGGUGGAAGAUCUUCUAUGAGGGCAUUUAUGCUGAUGAGGCGAGAUGGAGACGUAUUCGCGAGGCGAUGGGCAGAGGAGCUUGUCGCGUUGUGGUUAGAUGGGAAGACUGGCAGAUUGAGGAAGUUGGACGAGGACAUGGGAGUUUGAAGGCAAGAAGUGGUGGAAUGGGUCUUGGACCAGGAUCGGGUGGAUUUUCGACCAGGUUGAGAGGCACAGGCCAGGGUCAACCAAUACACAGAAGAGGACAGGCACACUCGUUCGGGGUUCUUCCUCCAAGCCUCGGCUCCACAAUUGACCAUGGUCGGACAGAGAUGGAUGACGGCUUUGACAUGAGGAAAUUUGAAGACGGCGAGUCAUGGCAAUUCGAAGAUGGAUUUUGA